UAUGUUCAGUGAAAGAACGCGGCAGCGUUGGAACGUUGAUUUUCGUGUGAAACGUUCUUGAAAGUGGAAAACCGUGUAACCGAUGUUAUGUUCGUCCAUUUUUCGCCGUAAUGCGUCAGUUAAAUUAACAUUUACGCGUAGCGUGUAUGAUUCGUCCGCAUACAAAACUAUUCUUCGGUAACUUAACCUCUUUACAAUACGUUGAAGAUAUUUGUAGAAAAUCAUAAAAAGAAUGGCGGUUGGAUCGACAAAAGUGGUGCAGGUGACAAAUAUCGCACCUCAAGCGACUAAAGAUCAAAUGCAAACUUUGUUUGGAUACCUUGGAAAAAUAGAGGAUAUCAGAUUGUAUCCUACUAUACGAGACGUCGCGGUACCUGUACAGUCACGUAUUUGCUACAUCAAAUUUCACGACCAGGGCUGCGUUGCAGUUGCUCAACAUAUGACAAACACUGUUUUCAUCGAUCGUGCAUUAAUCGUGAUCCCAUACCAGAAUGGAGACAUUCCAGAUGAACAGAGAGCUCUUGAAUUAACAAAUAAUGGCACAGUUGUUCCAGGUCUUUAUCCCUCUGAGCCCAAAUUACCACCAAACGUUGUAAAUGCAAUAGAAGGGAUUCCUCCCAAUCAUGUUAUUACCACUAUGGAUCCAAAAUUAGAGGCAAAUGGAUUGCCACCUUACCCACAUUUACCUGGCCAUUUGGAUAGCAGAAGGAUUGAAGAAAUUAGAAGAACGCUUGUUCUUGCUAAUUUAGAUCCUUCUGUAACUACGGACCAUUUACUAGACUUCUUUAGUAAUAACAAUGUUGAAGUGAAAUAUUUACGCAUGUGUACCAGAGAUUCGGAUACAGAGCAUUAUGCAUUGGUAGAACUAUCGGAACAAGCAGCUGUAGUUUCUGCAUUAUUGCUGAAUGGAAAAAUGCUCAUGGAUAGACCAAUUAAAAUUUAUCAUUCUACCCAAGCGAUAGCGAAACCAGAAGCAAAAAGCAACGAGGCGGCACAAAAGGAAAUAGAGGAAGCUAUGUCUCGCGUGAAGGAGGCUCACAAUUUAAUUUCAGCUGCAAUAGAUCCGAUGAUUGGAAUGUUGUCAAAAGACAAACGAAGUCGUAGUGGUUCACGCAGCCGAAAAUCUCGGUCGAGAUCGAGAGGACGCAGUAGACGAUCCAGAUCGCGCAAAAGAUCGCGUUCUCGUCACAGACGUUCGCGUUCACGUCACCGACGAAGAUCAAGAUCACGAUCGAAACGUUCUCGUUCCAAAGACCGCAGACGAAAGUCUCCGUCACGCAGAAGAAGUAGUUCCCGUGGCCGACAUCGUUCUCGUUCACGAUCUCGCCGUUCUCGAUCUCGUAGAUCCAGAUCCAGAUCAAAAGAUCGCAAGAAAAGGUCUCCUCGUCGAAGGAGCCGUUCACGAUCUCGAAGUAAACGUUCGAAAUCGAAAUCUAGACGAUCUAGAUCCAAAUCUAAGUCUAGAUCCUCGAAAUCCAAGUAUGCCGAGAAAUCGAGAGAUAAAGAUAAAGAGAGAAGAAGCAAAGAUAAAUUGGAUAAUGGUAAAAAGAGCGACGGUGAUAAGGCCGAUAAGGAAAAGAGCGAAAAGAAGUCUAGCAAAGAAAAGAAAUCCGAGAAGGAAUCGAAAUCUGAAGAGAAAAAUAGAAACACAUCUGAAAAUAGUGAGACAAAGGAGAAAACAGAGUCUGAAACUUAA